AUCAGUGUAGCCCCAGCAGUGCCACCUGUCAGUGCCCAUCAGUGCCACCUACCAGUGCCCAUCAAUGCCACCUGCCAGUGCCUAUCAGUGUCUCAUCAAUGCCACAUAUCAGUGCCCAUCUGAGCUGCCUUUCAGCGUCACCUAUCAGUGCCAGUCAGUGCCACCUAUCAAUGCCAGUCAUCAGUGCCUCCUAACAGUGCCAGUCAAUGCUGCCCAACAGUGCCAGUCAGUGCCGCCUAACAAUGCCAUAUAUGAGUGCUGCCUUUCAGUGCCCAUCAGUGCCACCUACUAGUGCCUCCUCAUCAGUGCCACCUAUCAG